UAAUGAAGUUUUUCAUUAACAUGGAGACAUCAGAAGGCAGGGUGGCAUCCCUGAGAAGAUAUUGAAAGGAAAAAAAAUCUAGAUUAGUGUACCAUAUUGAUGUAAUAAUUGUGUGUGCAAACCAUGUGUGUCACUGGACAUUUGUGUGCCUAUUCUAUUUGUGUUGAACAAUGUCGUUGUCUCAUAUGUUUAUGACCCAUUACUGUUUGUUGUGUCAUAUGUCCUUAUCUCAUUUGUUUCCUGGUUCAUUACAAUUUCAGGUCUCACAUAGCAUUGUCUCAAUUGUUUACUAAUGCAUUACUGUUUGUUGUCUCACAAGAAUUGGAUGCUCAGUUGGACUCAAGUGACAAAGAGCUGCUGAACUUGUUACAGGAGGACGCUGAGCAUGAGAAGCAAGUGAUGGAGACGAUCUUCUUUUUUGGUAUGUAUCAUGACACUUAUAUGCACAAAAAUAAGAGGAGGACAGCCCCUAAAAGUGGUCAAGAGUGGGUGAUGAGGAAUUUAGCUGAUGAAACUGAAUGUUACAAAUUGUUUAGGAUGACACCACCAAUGUUUUAUAAACUACAUGACCUGUUAGUGCAAUCUUAUGGCCUCAAGUCAACAUCAAAGUCUAAUAGUAUAGAGGCUGUAGGAAUGUUCCUUUGGAUGGUUGGUGCAUCUCAGUCAGUCAGACAAGUAGAUAAUCGACUGCAAAGGUCACUAGAGACAGUGCACCGCAACUUUGGAAAAAUUUUAAAAUGCCUUGUCAAACUAGCUGCUGAUAUAAUUAGGCCAGUGGACCCAGAAUUCAAGACAAUACACCGACGGUUGCAAUGUCCAAGAUUCAGGCCACACUUCAAUGAUUGUAUAGGGGCAAUUGAUGGAACUCAUGUGGAAGUUGUAGUGCCAAAUGAUAAAAAGGUUCAAUAUCUUUGUCGAAAGGGUCACACAACACAAAAUGUGCUUGCAGUUGUAGACUUUGACAUGAGAUUUACAUUUGUGCUUGCUGGAUGGCCGGGAUCAGUGCACGACAUGAGAGUGUUCAAUGAUGCCAUCAACAAGUACAAAGAAAGGUUUCCACACCCACCUCUAGGGAAGUACUACCUAGUGGAUUCGGGAUAUCCAAAUCGUGCAGGUUAUCUUGCACCUUACAAGGGGACAAAAUACCAUCUACCAGAGUUUCGUAAUUCCACAAUGCCCAGAGGUACGAAAGAGACCUUCAAUUUUACUCAUUCUUCACUUAGAAAUGUCGUGGAAAGGGCCUUUGGAGUUUUAAAAAUGAAGUGGAGGAUAUUGUUGAAAGUGCCAAGCUACCCACCGGCAAAGCAAGCCCGAAUAAUUGUAGCAUGCAUGGCAUUGCAUAAUUUUAUUAGAGAGAGUAAGCUCAUGGAUGAACACUUUGAUCGUUGCGACCGUGAUGAGCACUAUGUUCCAGUUGAGGCAUCAAUGUCACAAACACGUACACGGGACACAGGACGAUUGGAUGAAGAUUGCAACAUGAAUGAAUUUCGAGAUCAACUGGCCAAUGCUUUGUACAAUAGAUAGUGCAAAUUUGUGUACUUUGUAUGGAAUUGUUUUGUAUGGAAUUGUAUGAACUUUGGAUAAAUAAUUGUAUGCACUUUGGUUUGGACUGUAUAAAUUUUAGAUUGUCAAUUUUAUGCACUCUGUAUGAAAUGGCGGGAAAGAGGUGGCGGGAAAGGGGAUAUGAGAGGGAGAAAAGAGGUUUAAAUGAGAUUUUGCCAAAACUUUUGCCAUUUGGGUCCAAACACCCCUAAUGGCAAAACUUUUGCCACUUUUGGCAAAUGGCAAAAUUUUUGCCCUUUUGCUCUUUUGCACUUUGGAUCCAAACACUACUUAAAAACUGAAACUGUAAUAGCUUGGUAGAGCAAGAUAGAUGUGCAGUAUAAGCGGGAUAAUGUG